GGGCUGCAAUCUCGGCUCCCGCCGGUCGCUGGCGGCCCCGCCCACUUCCGGUCUCGGUGAGCGGGUGGGCCACCGCGGUUCCCGCCAGCUGCGGGAGUCUUGGGGGCGUUUCUCCUCACGUCUGCUCCUUCGUGUCUCCACUUUCCUUCCUUCACCCUCCCCCGCACYUACUUUUAAGUCCUCUAAAACGUUGAGAGGCACUCCUUGGAGGGACUGGCCGGGCGCGCGGGAAACGUUUGGCGUGGUCCAUGGCGGGUCCCCGCGGCCCCAGGGGCUUGGCCACGCCCCACCCUGAGCCCAGCCGCGGAGGCCACCCCCGUCCGUUGGGCGGCCCCGGCCGCGCGCCGGCCCUACCCAUCCCGUGCCCCGCGAGUGGUUCCUCUCGGGUCCGCCCCACCCGGCCUGCCUCUCCGACGUCGCCGCCGGGACGCGCUCCCGGGCCAGGUCUGAAGCCGCCGCUUCGCUGCCCCCCACCCGGGAUCGAUGGAAGAGGCGCAGCGCCUGCAGUGUAUGAGAGAUCUACUUUCUUCACAUCCUUGUCAACAUUUAACGGUGUCCUCAUUUUUAGCCAUUCCAAUAGUUCUUUCAUUCUCACAUGGCAUUCAGAACAGCUUCUAUGCCCUCCCCAUUAUGUGAAGCUGAAGAGAGAUUCUUUUGUUUCUGGUUUUAAGCAGAUUAAAACUCCAGGUGCUUCAACAACAACGUUCCAUAAAAAGACUACCACGAAAAGAGAAAAUAUCCGAUCCUUGACUAUGUGUGGCCAUGUUGGUUUUGAGAGUUUGCCUGAUCAGCUAGUCAAUAGAUCCAUUCAGCAAGGCUUCUGUUUUAAUAUUCUCUGUGUUGGGGAAACUGGCAUUGGAAAAUCCACACUGAUUAACACAUUGUUUAAUACUAAUUUUGAAGAACAUGAAGCCUCACAUUUUUGCCCAAAUGUUAGACUUAAAGCUCAGACAUAUGAACUCCAGGAAAGUAAUGUUCGGUUGAAACUGACCAUUGUGAAYACAGUGGGAUUUGGUGACCAAAUAAAUAAAGAAGAGAGCUACUUACCAAUAGUUGACUACAUAAAUGCUCAGUUUGAAGCCUAUCUCCAAGAAGAACUGAAGAUUAAGCGCUCUCUCUUCAACUACCAUGAUUCUCGCAUCCAUGUGUGCCUCUACUUCAUCGCUCCAACAGGCCACUCUCUGAAGACACUUGACCUCUUAACCAUGAAGAAUCUGGACAACAAGGUGAACAUUAUUCCAGUGAUUGCCAAAGCAGAUACAAUUUCUAAAUCUGAAUUACAGAAAUUUAAGAUCAAGCUCAUGAGUGAAUUGGUCUGCAAUGGUGUCCAGAUAUACCAGUUCCCAACAGAUGAUGAUACUAUUGCAAAAAUCAAUGCUGCAAUGAAUGAGCAUUUACCAUUUGCUGUUGUAGGAAGUAUGGAUGAGGUAAAAGUUGGAAAUAAGAUGGUCAAAGCUCGUCAGUACCCUUGGGGUAUUGUACAAGUGGAAAAUGAAAACCACUGUGACUUUGUAAAGUUGCGAGAAAUGCUCAUUUGUACAAACAUGGAGGACCUACAGGAGCAGACUCACACUAGGCACUAUGAGCUCUAUAGGCGUUGCAAACUGGAGGAAAUGGGCUUUACAGAUGUGGGCCCAGAGAAUAAGCCAGUCAGUGUUCAAGAGACCUAUGAAGCCAAAAGACAUGAAUUGCAUGGUGAGCGUCAGAGAAAAGAAGAAGAAAUGAAGCAGAUGUUUGUGCAGCGAGUAAAGGAGAAAGAAGCCAUAUUGAAAGAAGCCGAAAGAGAGCUGCAUGCCAAAUUUGAGCACCUUAAAAGAAUUCACCAAGAAGAAAGACUAAAACUUGAAGAAAGGAGAAGAGCUUUGGAAGAAGAAAGGAUCCAUUUUUCUAAAAGGAAAUCUAGCUGUGACAUAUUCCUGAACCAAUCCUAUAUGGCAUCUGGUAGUAACAUAAAGAAGGACAAGGAUCGUAAGAAUUCCAAUUUUAUGUAACACAGGAGUUCCAGAGCACAGAAGGUCAUCACAAGCAAAAGUAAAAAGUUAUAAGUAUGCUUUGAUUUUCUUGUUGUUUUUAUUUGCUUUUAUCACUAUAUGUGUUUGGCACAUGUCCACUGUUACUGACAUUUAUGGAAAAAUAUUUCAAGUAUAAGGUCAAUACAUAAGCCAGAGUAGAUGAUAUUACUUAGAUAUUCACUGUAGAAAUCUCACAUUUCUGUUUUGCAAUGAAUGUAGAUAUCGUCUCCUGCUGCCAAGUUAUUUUGUCACAUAUUAUGCCAAAGAGCAAAGACUCAGCGCCAUCAAAAAUACAGAACUCCUUCAUACUAUGGCUGAUUACAUUUAUAUUCCAGGAUGAACUUUUUUCAAAUAUACUAAACAAACAAAUACACAAAAGUGAGGGAAUGUUUCAGAAUGCAUUACAUAGCUCAAACUCUAACUUCUCAAUAGUUUUAUAGAAUUUUAAAGGUUUUUUUCCAUUAUCCCAUUGGUAAUAUUCCUACCUUUUGUAUCAAAUUAUGUAACAGAAUGACUUUAUGCCUGAUUAUGCCUUGUUGUGGCUGAUGUAUUGCUGUGAUGAAACAAAAUAUGUUGAAAAGCUAAAACAUCCAGGUAUAUAAACUCUUUUACCUAGUGAUAUUCCUGAACCUGGGUAUAUCAUAUUCAUUAGGAUAUCUUACUACUUGUUUAAGUUUGUCUUUCAGGGAAAAUAUAAGAAGAUUGAAUCAUUUUUAUUAAAAAUAUUUCUUUACGAACUUUUGAAUAUUAAAUACAUUAUUUCAAGGAACAGUGCCUUAGUAUUUUCACAUUGUAGUGGUUCUAACAUUUUCACAAUGG